AUGUUUAUCUCUCCAGUUAGUAUCCUUCGUACGUCUCAUCGAUGUAUAAACAGGAUAGUAAGCCAUCAAACUUUUUGUCCUUUCCGCCGAAUCACUCUUACUACAGAAUCAUCAUUUGGGAAUACUCGUGCUGUCUUGAUAGCAUGGUCGCUCAGAUAUCCACUGGCUAGCAAGGGAAGUUCUCGUAUGCUUCACGAUGUGAAAGAUAUAGGUAACAGCAGUGGAGAAUUUGUCGAGAAAGGCGGUGAGAAGAAAGUAUACAAGAUAAGCGAAGAUGUGCAAAGCAUUGAAACGUCAGCUCUUCCCAAAAUAAAUGUGAGACCGAAUAUAAUUGUCACUAAGUGGGAAAUAUUAAUGAACAGAUGUGGGUUACCGGUUGAUAAAACUGCUCCAAAGGAAGAUCAGAAUACGCAGAAGAGGAAGAGGAGUACAGUACUUGCUAUGUUUUUCGUUGCGGGUAGCACAUUUUGUGGACUUCUAUACUUCUGUUUGUAUUACGGAUGGAUGAAAAUAGAUGAAGAUAGUACAUAUACGGGUAUAUUAGCUCCCUAUUAUCGUAUCAAAGAAGCUUGUAGGUCAUGGAGAAAUUUCGUGGUAGAACCAUCCAGAGAUAAACUUCUUCCGGAUCCGUUGAAACCACCAUAUUGGCAACCUAAGUAUACCAUUGUUAUUGAAUUAAAAAAUGUUUUGGUGGCACCAGAAUGGAGUUACAAAAUGGGAAAUCGAGUCAAAAAGCGUCCUGCAGUAGAUUAUCUGUUGGACGUAAUUGGGUAUCCAAACUUUGAAGUCGUGAUUUAUACAUCAGAGACUGCAUUGAACGCAAAUCCAAUAGUUGAAGCUUUAGAUAGCAAACAGAAAAUCAUGUACAAACUGUAUCGUGAUUGCUGUAAGUACAUGAAUGGCGUUUAUGUUAAGGAUCUUUCUAAGCUGAAUAGAGAUUUGUCAAAAGUCAUCUACAUUGAUUUUGAUCCGGAAUCAUUUCGAUUUAACCCAGAAAAUGUGUUACGGUUGCCCAAAUGGAACGGCACUCUUGAUGACACAGCACUUGUCGAUCUUGCUGAACUACUCAAAACAAUACACUUGUCAGACGUUGAUGACGUGAGGCCUACUCUUCAAUAUUAUAGUCAAUUUGAUGAUCCGCUCAAAGAAUUCAGAGAAAGAGCAACGAGAGUUGCUGAAUUAGAAAAGAAGUUGCAUCAAAUUGAGUCCGAAAAGGAGGCAUUUGUUGCAUCGGUGAAGAAAUAUCAGGGUCGAUUAUUCGGUUUUCGUCGGCACGAAUGA